GGCGGGCGGCUUCCAUCCUAGCUACCGCAUUGAUUGGGCACGAAGCCCGCAGCCCGGCGCAGCAUUUUUUUUGCCCGCCCUUGUCAUGGGCCCAGAGAAUUCGCUGCGCCGCCGGCAGUAGUGAUUUUUUGCCGUGGCCGCGCCGACACAAUGAAUGUAGAUGGGGCAGCCGCCCAACGAGAAACUUUUCGGACGCCAUCCAGGAUCGGAUGAACGGCGGGGGUUCAUAUAUCCGUCAUUUUCCCUGUUCCGCCCAUUUUUGUAGUGACUGAUAGUUUUUCGCGAGGAAGUGAUAGGUCACUACAGAGUGAAAGAUAUCACGGAGGACAUAGUACUGAGAGAGAGGGACGAUUGAUUCCUUGGCAGGAGUAGAGAGAGCAUGGAGAUGAGAUCACAAAGACGAGAGACUGCGAUGAGAUAGAGAAUCAAUGGGACGAGGACGUUUGAGAUCCUCAUGAGUGCGCCUAAUAUCAUC